CAAUGAAUUGAACGAAAGUAUUUUAUGGUCUUUAGGGGGAUUUUCGUCUCUCUAAUCUCUAAAUUUGAAAGGAAACGUUUUCUCAGGCAAAGGUAUUGAAAAACUAUCAAGAUUGACAAGUUUGGAGAUUCUCGAUUUAGGCUAUAACACAUAAAACUACAGCAUUUUUUCACAUCUUGGUGGUCUUCCAUCUUUGAAAACUUUAAUUCUUGACAACAGUAAAUUCAAAGGAAGGAUUCAUCUUAAAGAUCAGCUUAAUCUCAAGAACUUAGAGUCUUUGUCAGUUGGUGGAUCUAUUAUCCGUAAGGGCUUUUUUCAAACAAUUGGAAGCAUGACCUCUCUCAAGGUGUUAUCAUUACCUGGCUGUGAAUUCAAUGGAACUUUACCUGCUAAAGGUCUCUGUGAAUUGACUCAUCUCAAAGAACUAGAUAUCAGCAACAACAAUUUCAGUGGAAAUUUGCCUUGGUGCUUUUCAAACCUAACUUCCCUUGAACAUUUAGACCUCUCAUCUAAUCAGUUCUCUGGAAAUAUAGCAUUAUCUCCGUUUCAGAGCCUAACAUCCAUCCAAUACUUGAAACUUUCAAACAAUCAAUUCCAAAUCCCAAAUUCACUUAGACCUUUCUUCAACCUUUCAAAACUCAAGAAUAUCUAUGCUGAAAAUAAUCAAGUAUAUGAUGACAGAGACCAAUAUUCCUCAGUCCCAAAAUUUCAGCUGGAAACCAUCCAUUUGUCUUGCUGUGGAAAUGGUGGAGCACCUCCUAAGUUCCUCUACCAUCAACAUGAUCUACAACAGGUCGAUCUCUCUAACAUUAAUUUGUCAGGAGAUUUUCCAAACUGGUUGUUGGAGAACAACACAGGACUGGAAACACUUAACCUCAGAAAUAAUUCUCUCUCGGGUCCUUUGAAGAUGCCAUUUCAAUCUCAUAAAAAUUUGUCAAGUUUAGAUCUCUCUGACAAUCUCUUACAUGGCUACAUCGAGUAUGAUCAAGAGAUUGGUUUAUAUUUGCCGUGCCUAGGAUCUCUGGACAUUUCAGGAAAUUUUUUCGUGGGUGGCAUUCCUUCCUCCUUUGGUGACAUGAAAUCGCUAGAGUUUUUGGAUGCAUCCAACAAUGGCUUGUCUGGUGAAAUUCCUGAGCAUUUUGCCAUGGGUUGUGAUUUGUUAAUGCAUCUUAUACUGUCAAACAAUCAUUUGGAAGGUCAGAUAUUUCCUUCAAAACAUAGUUGGAAAUACUUGGGGACUUUAAGGUUGAAUGGCAAUCGUUUCAGUGGGAAGAUCCCGGUGAGUAUGUUGAACAGCUCCUUGGGAGGGUUCGAUAUCAGUGACAAUUACCUCUCUGGUACGAUCCCAAGAUGGUUAGGGAAUAUAACAGACUUGGAGACUAUGCUCAUGGCAAAUAAUAAUUUUGAAGGUCCAAUGCCGGUAGAGUUGUGUCGACUCUCAUCACUCACAGUUCUUGACCUUUCAGGAAACAAUAUUUCUGGGAGUCUGUUGCCUUGCUCUUUCACAUGGAUGGUUCAGAUGCAUAUAUGAGCUACACUUCUUGCUACUAUUUUGUGCUAGAUCAUCUUCUCAAAAAAUUGUGUUGAAGACAACAGCUAAAUAUAUAAUAUAUGUUUCAUUGCUAAAUAAUAUGUUUCUCUUUAUUUCCUACUGGGAAUUUGAAGGGAGAACCAAUGGACUUUUGCAUAGGUUUCUUCUUGUUACCGAUUUGAUGCUUUCUCAUGUAAUACAACUUCAUCAGUCUU